AUGAAGACGUCCCUGAGUGGUUCUAGCUCCACCAGCCCUGCGCCUCAGUGUCCCAAGACCCAUCCCCCUCAACCUCCAUCGCAGCGCCUCAGAGAGCUACCAAGACCCUUCCCAAGCCCCGUCGCCUCCAGCAGGCCGCCCUCCGACCCAGACCUGCCCCCAGGCUACGUCCAGAGUCUGAUCCGUCGGGUGGUGAACAACGUCAACAUUGUGGUCAACAACCUGAUCUUGAAGUACGUUGAGGACGACAUCGUUCUGUCUGUCAACAUCACCUCUGCUGAGAGUUACACCGUCCACGAGUUCUGGGACCGAGCCUUUAUGGACAUCACAGCUCCUGACCUGGUGCUUCGUAAAGUGAUCAACUUCAGUGACUGUACUGUGUGUCUGGAUAAGAGGAACGGUAGUGGGAAGAUCCAGUUCUACCAGGAUCCUCUCCUCUACAAGUGUUCCUUCAGGACCCGACUCCACUUCACCUACCAGAACAUCAACUCUAAGAUCCCUGCUGUCAUCAAGAUCCAGACGAUGGUGGAGUCCCUGAAGCUGUCUAUCACAGACCAGCAGCUGCCCAUGUUCAUCAGGAUCAUGGAGCUGGUCCUCAGCCUCUACUACGGAGAGAUAGGAGGAGGGAAGGACGGAGAGGCGGAGGAGGGGAGCGGACAUGGAGAGGUCAUCACUACGCCAGGUCUGGAAGGAGACCCAGAGGCCCAGGUCAUGGCAGGACAGUACCCCAGCCCAGAGCUUUACAUGCAGGGGGAGGAGGGGGACCAGGGCUGGGUGUCCUGGGCCUGGUCCUUCGUCCCAGCCAUCGUGGAAGCUGAGGAUGAGGAGGGAGAGGAAGGCUUCUACCAGCAGGGGGAGGAGGGAGGCCGGUCCAGCCCACAGCAGAACCCACCUAAAGACCCUGUUGUCUCCAUAGGCUUCUACUGCACCAAGGCCUCUGUCACGUUCAAGGUAGGAAGACCAGGGAGGGAGUGUGUGUCUGUGUGUGUCCAGAGUUGGAAUAUUGUGGAAUGUGCUAGAAUUAAAAUAUAAAAUUAUUUGUCUCUCUGUCUGUC